GGAACCUGCCUCAGAUCAGCUGACCUGGUCACGUGACCACACGGUUUGCUUUGCGUCUCCGCACAAAAUGGAGUUGUCAGACUCGGUCGUAAAGGGGCUUCAAUCCCUAUCCGAUCCAGCUUCCUUGGACUUAAAAUCCUUCACCAUCUUCACCGAAGCGGCCUUCCACAGUCUGCUGUCGUUUCCGACCGAAAGCGUGUUCGAUUACCCAGAACUAAAAAACAAUGAUCAGGCUCUCCUGAAACAAUGUCAUGCUGCAGCAACAACCUUUAUACUGGAAGCAGUAAAACAGAAUGCAGACAGGUCAACUGUAUGCUCGUGCCUUGAAGACCUCAGAUAUGAUGGCGAGAGAGUGGAGGCGUUUUAUGCGCUCUAUCAGGUGAUCACAUCCUCCAAAGGGUGUUGUCUUCUGAGCAAUUUGUAAACAAACAUGUUCGUGACAUUACUUUUUAUUUUACAUUUAGAAAACAAAGCUAAUUUGGAAAAGCUGUUGUCAAGCAUUGAUAGAUGUCCUCCUCACAUAACAGAUGUUUCUUGGCGCUUAGAUUACUGUAUAAAGAACAGCCAUGUGCAUAAGGUCAAUCAGCCAUCCUAUCUGAUUUCUUUCAACACUGAGAAUGGCGGGAAUAACGGAGCCUCUUCGAAACUAAAUUUUAGCUGCACAUUGGAACAACUUCAGGAUUUAGUGGGAAAGAUGAAGGAUGCAGCGAAGAGUGUGGAGAGAGCCACCCAGCUCUACGAGAACGCAUCGACCCGUAGCUCUAAUUCCCAGGCCGCCCUUAAGCAAAGGAGUCACGUGACCGCGCGGGGCGGUCGAACCGCAAGCCAUUUUGGGGGACGGUGUCAGUUUCCACCGAGCCAUCAGAGCAGCGUUCCUUCCAUGACGAUGCAUCGCACAACAAGGAUCAAGAUCACAGAGCUAAAUCCACAUUUGAUGUGUGUAUUAUGUGGUGGAUAUUUCAUCGACGCAACCACAAUCAUAGAAUGCUUGCAUUCAUUUUGUAAAAUGUGCAUUGUGCGCUACCUGGAGAACAGUAAAUACUGUCCCAUAUGUGAUGUCCAGGUUCACAAAACAAAGCCUCUUCUCAAUAUUAGGUCUGACAAAACUCUGCAGGACAUUGUGUAUAAGUUGGUCCCAGGUCUUUUCAAAAAUGAAAUGAAGCGAAGAAGAGAUUUCUAUGCUGAACACCCUUCAGUGGAUGCUGCAAAUGGAUCUAAUGAGGAUCGUGGUGAAGUUGCUGAUGAGGAUAAGAGAAUCAUCACAGAUGAUGAGAUUAUCAGUCUGUCAAUCGAGUUCUUUGACACCAAGGCUAAACAGCAAGGUAGUGAGGGAGAGAAACAGACUAAGGAUGAGGUAAACAACAAGAGGUACUUGCAGUGUCCUGCUGCCAUGACUGUAAUGCAUUUGAGGAAAUUUCUGAGAAGUAAGAUGGACAUACCAUGCACCUUUCAGAUUGAAGUCAUGUAUGAGGAUGAACCCCUAAAGGACUACUACACAUUAAUGGACAUUGCUUACAUUUACACAUGGAGAAGGAAUGGGCCGCUACCCUUGAAAUAUCGAGUACGUCCUAACUGCAAAAAAAUGAAGAUUACUCACACGCAGGAUGGCUUAAGCAGUGCCAACCGCUCAGAAAGUGACUCUGCAAGUGACCAGGCCAACAGCCCAGCUGGAGCUCCGUCUACAUCCUCACCACUACCAAGUCCAAGCACACCUGUUCAGUCCACUCAUCCUCAUUUUCCUCAUAUUUCCAACCCAGUCAAUGGCUCCUCAAUGGGAAGCCCCAAUCGGCAAUUUACGUUCAACAAAAUGCGAAAACCUUCUUUAAAUGGAUCUUCUACUUCUUCAGGGUGAUGGGGCUAGACCUGCCUAAGCCAACUCCAGAUUACCCAGCUAUUUUUCAUGCCAAUGUCAUGUCGUUGUAGCCAUUUUAUUGUCAUUAUUCCUAUUACACGUGUAACUUUUAACAUAGUAGAAGUGGCACGUUUCAUCCAAUUGCUGGAGUAAACUUGGAAACGAUAGCCUCAUUGUGGCUCUGAGCUAUGGGAUUUGGAAAACAUCUGAAACAGUUUGCAUAAUAGACUGAACCUACUUUUCUAUAAUGCAUAUUUUUUUUUUAUUUUAUUUUUAUUUUUGAAUAAAACAAAUCAAGAGGUGUUGCUAGUAUUUUAAGCUUGUACUUUCUUUUAAACACAUGAUAAAGGCUUUAGUUUGCCUUCCUUGGCUAGUUAGGCCUACUAAACAUUCCUGUUAUAUUCAAGUGGCAUUUGAGGUUGUAUCAAAGAAAAUAUAUAUUCAAUUCAGUUAAAAUGGAUUAGAGAAAUUUAAGUUGUAGUUGUUGUGCAUAUAUCAUUUUUACAGCAAUGUAAAUUCCGGAGCACCAUGGGACUACCCAUUCCCCUGCCCCACACCCAAACCUUCAAGGUUGUAACCUAGGCCGUGUAGAUAGCCUCACUUCAGUGUUCAUUUGUCUUAUUGUUUUGAUUGUAUGAAUAAUUAUUGUAUUGUGACUGUUGCACAGUAUAAAAAAAAUAAACAUUUUACACUUUUGCUGCCUUUA